AUGGCUUCAUAUAACUCUAGUUCCACCGUUGAGGCGAGACUUGCAGCCGUAGAGAAGCUAGCACAACGAGCCUACGAUCGAGGAGAGGUUGAGAACGUGUUCAGCAAGUAUAUGCAUCUCCACAAUCGUGGAACCCCUGGAAUACACGCACAAUACACCAAUGUCGGAGUGUACACCGACUACGACAGCAUUAUGGCCUACCAUAGCGGUCGGCCCUCACCUCCCGGAAAACUGAUACUACACGAAACCACCACCCCACUGAUUGAAGUUGCAGGUGACGGUGAAACUGCAAAAGGAUUUUGGUUGAUGGCUGGAGUUGAGAGUGGUUUAGCUGACCCCAAGAACGUGGGAACCAUGCCAGAAUUUCUCUACGAGCCUGAAGAGAAGAAUGUCGACGGCAAGCGAGUCUGGACUCACUGGGUCUGGUGCCACUAUGCUUUGGACUUUCUAAAGCAGGAUGGCCAGUGGAAGAUCUGGCACUUCCGUUGUCUUGAAGUAACCCGUGCUCCCUUUAGUGAAAAUUGGAUCACGUUUGCCAAGAAGAACCAGUUGGCUUUUGAUAAGGACCUUGCCUACUUUGGAAAUGACGGCAAGGCUGUCUUUAUGCCGACGCCAGAUGCUAAGCCUGAUAAGCUGGGCGAAGGAAGAGAAUACGACAUGCCUAAUGGGCCCCAUUUUCCCAGCUUUCAAACUUCUCCGCUUACCGCUGCGGUGGGCCGGCUCCCAACAUCACCACUGCCCAAAUGCCAGUCAAUCACACGAGCGACCGAGAUGUUUGCUGACUCUCAGCUAGAACGGCUUGCGCUGCUGGAGAGGGUCUUUUCUUCAAUCAGCCUCGUGUCUGUACUGUUGAUUUUCGUGACGUACGGAAGCAUACCGAGACUGCGCAAUCCUCGAAAUACCUUCAUCGUGUUUGCUAGCAUCGCGAAUCUGGGCGCCAGCAUCGGGACCGUUAUUUCACGCGAUGGAUUGACUCGUGGCGAGGAUUCGGCACUUUGCAGGGCGCAAAGCUUCCUGGUACAUGUGCAAGUAAUGCCCUGUUUCAUGCAGUCUGAUGCGUGGUGGUCUCUCGGCAUGUCGGUGAAUACCUUCAGGAUCGUUUUCUUUCAGUCGAAUCCGCAUACGUUUAAUAAGUGGCUGUAUUCUCUGAUAUGCUUUGGAGGGCCAUUCAUCUCGGGAUUUACCCUGUUUUUCAUCGCCACUCCAGCCCGCGGUCCCGUCUACGGAGCGACAACUACUUGGUGUUGGAUCCGAGAAUCUUGGGUUAGCAUACGACUCUUCACUUCAUACAUCUUUGUAUGGAUCUGCAUCGCCACAUCAAUCAUUUUGAAUACAGUGGUUGGCUUUCGUCUGUUUCGCGCAAGAAAUGAAGCUCGAGGUAUCUUAAACUCGCGCAUUGAGAGCACAGUAGCCGAUCACCAAACAGUAACAGAAACAAAUACCGACACUGAUGUCCAAGUAUCCGAACAUACAUCCGUUACUGCCGUGUCUGAUGCUCAGAAAUUAGCACCCAAUGCCACGGAUGUGGAGCCAAUUCCUCCUAACCAAAAGCAACAAUCUUCAUCAUCGGCCACUGGCAGCACCAAGUCCAAGUUUUGGCUCAAAGACCCUAUUAAACGGGCAUACCUACUCACAACCUUCAUGUUUACGCUAAGCGUCCUUGUGACGUGGGUACCAGCGAGCAUCACACGUAUCCAUAGUCUACUUAACCGUGAUGUUCCAUACUCAUACCAAGUUGCCAUAGCGGCCGUUAUGCCGCUGCAAGGUCUCUGGAACGCUUUGAUCUUUUUUACGACUAGCCGGGGCGUUAUAAGAAGCGUGAUCCAGGACAAAUGGGGUCUGUGGGUAUCAAAGUCUACAAAGAUAGACAGCAACCUGGUAGAAAGGGAAGUUGCUGCAAGGUUAAGGGUUAAUGGGCAUACUGACACCACGGAUUCAGGGAGUGAUGUUGAGCUCCGCCGCCUGGCGAGGUGAUUGUAUUGAUAAGGAAAUAGCUAAUAUGAAGAAAAGAGCAAAAAUUGAGUCAGAGAGCGACUUCACCCUAAUGUAACG